UAACACAAAACCCUUCCUUCCUUCCUUUCUCCUCUCACUGCAAUUUUUUUUUGUUUAUUUAAGGAUACAACUCAUCGAAACAAACCCAAAAAAAAAAACAUUUGCACAAACAAAAGAUGGAUCAGUUCAAAGGUCAGCCUCGCCUUCCCAAGUUCGCCGUUCCCAAGCGCUACGAUCUCCAUCUCAUCCCCGAUCUCGUCGCCUGUACUUUCACCGGAACAGUAGCGAUCGAUCUCGAUGUAGUCGCCGAUACUCGUUUCAUCGUUCUCAACGCUGCUGAUCUCUCCGUCAACGAUGCCUCCGUUUCCUUCACUCCCCGUUCCUCCUCUCAGACGGUUGCAGCUCCGAAAGUUUCACUCUUUGAAGAGGAUGAGAUUCUUGUGCUUGAGUUUCCUGAGACUCUUCCCCAUGGAGUCGGAGUUCUCCAACUCGCUUUCAAUGGAAUCCUCAGUGACAAGAUGAAGGGAUUCUACAAAAGUACCUAUGAACAUAACGGUGAGAAGAAGAACAUGGCCGUUACCCAGUUUGAACCAGCUGAUGCUAGGAGAUGCUUCCCAUGCUGGGAUGAACCUGCUUGCAAGGCUACCUUCAAGAUUACACUAGAGGUGCCUUCUGAUUUAGUGGCUCUCUCCAACAUGCCCGUUGUGGAGGAGAAAGUUAAUGGCAACGUGAAGAUCGUCUCUUAUCAAGAGUCACCGAUCAUGUCUACAUACUUGGUGGCGAUUGUUGUUGGAUUAUUUGACUACGUAGAAGAUCACACAUCCGAUGGUAUCAAAGUCAGAGUGUACUGUCAAGUGGGCAAAGCCGACCAAGGCAAAUUUGCCUUGCAUGUUGGUGCAAAGACCUUGGAUUUGUUCAAAGAGUACUUUGCUGUGCCGUAUCCCCUUCCCAAAAUCGAUAUGAUUGCGAUCCCGGAUUUUGCUGCUGGAGCUAUGGAGAACUACGGUUUAGUUACAUACCGUGAAACAGCUCUUCUCUAUGAUGAGCAACAUUCAGCAGCUUCUAACAAACAGAGGGUUGCGACUGUUGUUGCCCAUGAACUGGCCCACCAGUGGUUUGGCAAUCUCGUCACUAUGGAGUGGUGGACUCAUCUAUGGCUGAAUGAGGGUUUUGCUACUUGGGUCAGCUACUUGGCAACUGAUAGUUUGUUCCCUGAAUGGAAAAUCUGGACCCAGUUCUUAGAUGAAUCUACCGAGGGUCUAAGGCUAGAUGGACUUGAGGAGUCUCACCCAAUAGAGGUGGAGGUUAAUCAUGCUUCUGAAAUUGAUGAAAUAUUUGAUGCAAUAAGCUACAGGAAGGGUGCAUCUGUCAUCCGCAUGCUACAAAGCUAUCUUGGUGCUGAAGUUUUCCAGAAGUCGCUUGCUGCAUACGUUAAACGUCAUGCUUACUCAAACGCAAAGACUGAAGACCUGUGGACGGCUUUGGAAGAGGGUUCAGGAGAACCUGUGAACAAGCUUAUGAGUUCUUGGACAAAGCAAAAAGGAUAUCCUGUUGUCUCAGCCAAAAUAAAAGAUGGAAAACUGGAACUUGAGCAGUCUCGUUUCUUGUCAAGCGGUUCUCCUGGGGAAGGACAAUGGAUUGUGCCAGUAACCUUGUGCUGUGGUUCAUAUGACGUGCGCAAAAACUUCUUGUUGGAAUCCAAAUCUGGAGCAUAUGAUAUAAAGGAGUUAUUGGGCUGUUCCGUUGGUGAUGGCUCUUGGAUAAAAAUCAAUGUCGAUCAGGCUGGGUUCUAUAGGGUGAAAUAUGAUGACAGCCUUGCGGCUGGACUCAGGAAGGCAACAGAGAGCCAAAGCUUGACUGCUAUUGAUAGAUAUGGUAUUUUGGAUGAUUCUUUUGCACUUUCUAUGGCUCGUCAGCAAUCUCUGGCCUCUUUGCUCACUUUGAUUAGUGCUUACAAAAAGGAAUCUGACUAUACCGUGCUGUCAAACCUCAUUGUUAUAAGCUACAAAGUUGUGAAGAUUGCAGCAGAUGCAAAUUUAGAACUGAUGUCUGGGAUUAAACAAUUUUUCAUCGGCGUUUUCCAGCUUGCUGCUGGGAAACUUGGUUGGGACCCAAAACAAGGGGAGAGCCAUCUAGAUGCUAUGCUGAGAGGGGAAGUCUUAACUGCACUUGCUACGUUUGGGCAUGAUGAGACACUAAAGGAGGGAGUUAGAAGAUUUGAUGCAUUCUUAGCUGAUAGGAACACUACGCUUCUGCCUCCUGACCUCAGAAGGGCUUCUUAUGUUGCUGUAAUGCAGAGAGCCAACAAAUCAGACAAAUCUGGUUUUGAGUCUCUUCUGAAAGUUUAUAGGGAAACAGACCUGAGCCAGGAGAAAACGCGAAUCUUAGGUUCUUUGGCAUGUUGCCCAGACCCCAGUAUAGUUCAAGAUGUUCUUAACUUUGUAUUGUCUGAUGAGGUCCGGAAUCAAGAUGCAGUUUAUGGACUUUCCGGUGUAAGUUGGGAAGGACGUGAAGUAGCAUGGAAAUGGCUACAGGAGAAGUGGGAGUUCAUUGAGAAGACAUGGGGUUCUGGAUUUCUCCUAACACGCUUCAUAAGUGCAGUUGUAUCUCCGUUUGCGUCGUUUGAGAAGGCGAAAGAAGUGCAGGAGUAUUUCUUAACGAGAUCAAAGCCUUCAAUGGCAAGAACCUUGAAGCAGAGCAUUGAAAAGGUUCAUAUUAAUGCUAAUUGGGUGGAGAGUAUCAAAAAGGAAGACAAUCUCACACACCUCGUUACUCAGCUCUCUUCAAACUAAAAGUCUCGCGCACUUUCGUUCGGUUUUAUCUCCUGAAUAAACUAAAGUAUCUGUGACCAUGCAGACCUUCGUUGUUUCUCCUUCUCAACACAGAAUUCGCAGUUUCUUUUUCAGACUUUGACUUUGCCAUCAAUAAAGUUUCCUUUUUAGA